AUGUCGUGGACCGGCUUCAAGAAGGGCGUCAACCGCGCGACGACCCAGGUUCUUAUGAAGACAGGCCAAGUCGAGCGCACCAACGACCGCGACUUUGAGACUGAGCAACGCCGCUACCGCACCAUGGAAACCGCCGCCAACAAACUCCAAAAAGAAGCAAAAGGUUACCUCGACUCCCUGCGCGCCAUGACCGCCUCGCAAAUGCGCAUCGCCGAAACAAUCGACGCCUUCUACGGCGACGCGGGCACCAAAGACGGCGUCUCGCGCUCCUACAAACAAGCCGUCACCGACCUCGACGCCGAGACCAUCAAGGCCCUCGACGGCCCCUACCGCACCACCGUCCUCGACCCCAUCCAGCGCUUCUGCAGCUACUUCCCGGACAUCAACAGCUGCAUCACCAAGCGCGAGCACAAGCAAAUGGACUACGACCGCAUGCGCGCGCAGGUCAAGAAACUCACCGACAAGCCCGACAAAGACGUCACCAAGCUGCCGCGCGCGGAGAAGGACGAGCAGCUCGCCAAGGCGGCGUACGACCAGCUCAACGAGACGCUGACCACGGAGCUGCCGCAGCUGAUCGAUCUCAGGGUGCCGUAUUUGGACCCGAGUUUCGAGGCGCUGGUCAAGAUUCAGCUGCGCUUCUGUGCCGAGGCGUAUAGCCGCAUGGCGCAGGUGCAGCAGUAUUUGGAUGCGAAUACAAGGGACCAGUAUGCGCAGGGCGAGCUGGACGCCAAGGUCGAGGAGGUGCUGCAGGAGAUUCGCGACCUGAGCAUUGCGGGGACCGUCUAG